AACCACUCCAGCAUGAAUUUUCCUAACUUUUUUAAAAAGAAAAAGAUAAUUUUUCAUUUGUUUUUAUUUCUUUCUUUCUUAUGUAUAUUCAUACAGUAAUUUAAAAUGACUUCGCCUAUAAAAGACUAUCCACUCAAAAAUGGAGCAAUAGAAAGAUCAAAACGAAGCCGAGAAGAGGAUGAAGAAGCAAAAACGACUACUCUUAAAUUUCAGCAAUUAACGUGUGAUUCCUUUCCCCACUCACCACCGCAAACACCCUCAGGCUCUUUGUCCAAUGAGCAGCAUGAUGAGACAGAAAUGUCAACUCAUGUUGAUCUAUCUGAACAAGCAGACGCUACCUGUGUCGAGAGAAAUCCGAAGCGCCGCUCGACAGAGGUCCAACUGAGUUUGAAUGAUUUCACUCUAAUCCGGACUUUAGGUACGGGCUCAUUUGGCCGUGUUCAUCUGGCACAACUCAAGUCAAAUCAAGGAUACUAUGCUAUCAAAGCAUUGAAAAAGACAGAUGUUGUACGAUUGAAACAAGUGGAACAUACAAGAAAUGAAAGAGCCAUUUUGUCCAAUAUAAAGUAUCAAUUCGCUGUCAAUCUAUGGAACACCUUUCAAGAUGACUCCUAUUUAUUUAUGGUGAUGGACUAUGUGCCUGGUGGAGAAUUGUUUUCUUUUUUGCGUAAAUCAACUAAACUUGAGGAAGAUGUAGCCAAGUUCUACGCAGCCGAAGUUCUCUUGGUUAUUGCUUAUCUCCACUCAAAAGACAUCAUUUACCGAGAUUUGAAGCCCGAGAAUAUUUUACUGGACACUCAAGGUCACAUCAAGCUUACUGACUUUGGAUUCGCAAAGGUCGUACCAGACAUCACUUGGACCUUGUGUGGUACCCCAGAUUAUUUAGCUCCAGAAGUGAUUCAAUCCAAAGGAUAUGGCAAGACUGUGGACUAUUGGGCACUAGGCAUCUUGAUAUACGAGAUGCUAUCUGGUGUUGCACCAUUUUAUGAUGAUAAUCAAUUUAAGCUGUAUGAAAAGAUUGUCGCUUGCAACCCGAUUUAUCCAGAAUAUUUCAGUGACGAAGUUAAAGAUCUGCUCAGACACCUAUUGACGCCUGAUUUAACCAGUCGCUAUGGAAAUCUCAAGAAUGGAAGUCAGGAUGUAAUUCAACAUCCAUGGUUUCGGAAUAUCGACUUUGAAAAAAUGUCACGUUGCGAAAUUAAAGCACCUUAUAUUCCAGAUGUAAAAGGGGCAGGUGAUGCAAGUAAUUUCGAUAGCUAUGAUGAACAUGGUUGGCAUUAUGGACAGCCUGAACCCGAUCCAUAUCGCAAGUACUUUACUGAGUUUUAACAUUUCGGAUAUUGUAUCUAUAAAAUAGUGCUAUACGCAGUUGUAAAUAUGCAUAAAAAAAACAUAUGAUAUAUGUAUUGGUUGCUCUUUACUUCUUUUUCAAAACGAAAAUAAAAAAAGAGUAGCUUGUCAAAGGGUUCUUAAACGUUGACAUCAUUUCAAUUUUUCUGGGUUACAUAUAUAGAAA